AUGCCCCAGAUGCGAAUGCCGCAUCUAGAGUUCAUCUACCGCAUAGUAGCCGAGAUGGACAAGGGCGGGGUUACGGAGAUCAAGGGCGUUGAUGGCACAUCACGUACGCGAGUAGUCCUACCUAUUCAAGGAGGCUAUGUCAACGGACCUCAGAUAAAGGGUACUAUCGUUGAGAAAAGCGGCGCAGACUGGGCCGAAGUCAUCAACCCCAACAAGGUACAAAACCUUAUCGGAGAUGACAUCAAGAUGGAGACUAACAGAGAACCCCAGUCCUUCACCAGGUUGAACGCCAUGUACACGCUGCAGACAGACGAUAACAUUUACAUCCUUGUCAAAGCACAGGGUAUCUACAGGACCGGACCAGGUAUUGAUGAAAAGGCGGGGGAGAAAGAUAGCGUGUCGCAAGAUGAGAUGGAGUAUUUCACGCAUAUCACCUUUGAGGCGCCUGGAGAUAGCGCCUAUGGCUGGUUGAAUGGGGUGGUUGCCAUGGGUGUUAUGAUUAUGUGGCAGGGGAGGCCGGUCAUUGAUUGUUAUCGCUUGACUAACUUUCCUGGAAUGUUGGCGGCGAAUCUGUAG